AUUUACAAACAACGGCAGAUUGGCAAUACUCUGUUUGGCUGUAACAGAGCGAGGAAUUUUGUUGUUCAAAGUUAUUACGACUUUCUUGAGUUCAAGAAAGAAUGCCUUCUUAUUGGAAAAAUUUGAAGCUCUUUUAUGGACUUUUUCUUAUAACAUGUAGCAUUAAAUUGCUUUUUGUUUCAGCCUUGAAUUGCGAUGUAAACGGUGACUGUCAGUGCGCUACAGCCGGUCCACAAGGGACGUCCUCGUCUAUUCCUGAAAAGUUUAUAUGUGAUGGCGAGGCAGAUUGUAGUGAUGGCAGCGAUGAGCAGAGUUGUGGAAACACAGGAGAGUGCAGUGAUACUGAACACAAGUGUGGGAAUGGUCGCUGUAUCAAGAAAGAAUGGACUUGUGACAAUUACGCUGACUGUAAUGACGGGAGUGAUGAGAAACAAGCAUUGUGUAAUUUUACAACCUGCUCUUCUGAACAAUUCCGAUGUUACAAUGGGAUCUGUAUACCUCGUUUGCUACGGUGUGACAAAGAAAACGAUUGUCUGGGUGGUGAAGAUGAACACGACUGUGUUUAUCCAACCAAUUGUUCGACUGGUUUUUUCCAAUGUAAGAACAAGAAAUGUGUAAGCAAAUCACUUGUGUGUGAUGGCGAUGACGAUUGUGAUGAUAAUUCGGAUGAAGAUGACUGUGGUUAGUAAAAUGCAUUUUCGUAAACCUGAAUGUUAAUCA